AUGACAAUAAUGUAUAAACGCGCUUUGCCUAUGAUACAGUGGGCUCAACGUAGGGAAUAUGUUGGGCUUGUUUUCAACAAAGUACAAAGGAAAGAAACUGUCGACACCGUAGAUCGUUCCUUAAAAUCUUUCGAGCAUACAGUAAACGGUCCUUCAGACACCAUUUCAAAAGUAGGAAGUGAUAUUGAUAUGAAAAUCGAAAGUGAGCCUAUCUUUGAGGUUGUUUCCGCUGGAGUCGGCUCUGCAUUGUUAGUCAAGUUGCCGCCGAAUGCGUCAAUUACAACAGCUGCAGGUUCAGCACUAGCUGCUUCAGUGAAAAUCAAAACGAAAUUGUCCCUUGACAAUAAAAGUAUGCUGAAAUCUGUCAGCAAGAAGGCACUGGGCGAUAGGAUUUUUUUUCAGAAGCAUACUACCGAAGAUGCACCAGGUGAUUUACUAUUGGCUCCACAACAACUUGGAGAAAUCACAGUGAUUCAAUUGAAAAAUAGUGCAAAAUACAUGCUGAGAAGGAACGCAUUUCUGGCAAAAACUGAGAAGGUAUCACUUGAUUUAGGACUCAAUAUGAAAGAAACCGGCAUAACGAAUAAACUGAUUCAUACUGUCAGUGGACCCGGCACUCUCGCAAUAAGUCACUACGGUGGUAUUUAUCGCAUAACCCUCGCUGCUGGCGAAGAAUAUCAAGCAAACCCUCUCAAUCUGAUUAUGUGGGAUAAGCGUACAAAUCCUACUCAAUUACAUUCUAAGAAGACAAUUAUACCGUCUCCUCGUUCACCAUUACGACAAUACGACUUUUUCCGACAUAUCGUCGACAGCCCAUCUCUUCAACCCAAACUUCAAUAUUUAUACAAUUUUUCAAGAGCAGUUCGCAAUUUCUUACUCGGAACACCUGAUUUUGUAAAGUUGAAAGGGCCAGGCGACUUCUAUAUAGCAUCUCGUCUGCAACCACGCUUUGAAAGAUCUCGAUUAACCAAUGCUUUGGCUGCUAUGACGGAUUCCGUCUUACAAAAGCCCGAACAAUUUACAGCAGACAUAUUCCCUUCUGCUCCCGUUGAUGUUAUAGAAAAUGAGUCUUUAAUCAAAAAAAAGCACCGUGAAUAUGCUCAAAAGUCGACAGAUGGUCAUCCAUCUUAUAUAGCUGAAAUUGGUCCUCAAGGCUCAGUUACAUUUACAACAAAUGUGAAAAAUGAAUAA